UAUAGCUGAUUCGUGGUGUAUUGAAAGCUUUAUAAAUGUAUUUUGCUCGUAUUGAUUUGUAUAUCAAGUCAGUUUAAACCUGUUAUAUUCGUUAAAUGGUUGAUUGAAGAAAAAAUAUAUUUAUUUAUUCAUUCAAGAAUUAAAAGAGCUAUAUCUAUAUUAUUUUAAUCAUUCAAGGAUUUUAUAAUAAAACAGAUUUGAAAUGAGUACACACACAGAAGAUGAGAAGGAAGAAUGUCCGAAGUGUCCGGAGCCGUUUACCGCACAUGGAAAGUGUUUGGAUGAAGUACGUUUAGUUUUCGAUGAUCAACAAGAACUGUAUGUUUCACAAAACUUUCUUAUACUAUCUUCACCAGUUUUUGAGGCCAUGUUUAAAAAUGAUUUCAAAGAAAAGCAGCAAUCAGCAGUUUUGUUGAAAGAGAAGAGCUAUACAGACUUUCAUGAAUUUUUGAUGUGUAUUCAUCCAGGGACAUUAAAGCCAGUUACAGAAGCCAAUGUACUGCGCAUUGUACCUAUAGCGGAGGAAUAUCAAGUUGACUCAAUCAUCCAAAGUUGCAAAUCGGUUAUGAAAAACUGGCUCGAGAAAGAAUAUGUAUCUGCUAAAAGCAAAACUGGCUUUUAUAUGUUUCAUAUAAAACCAACACGACAAUGUUUAAGUAUUCUCACGACGUCUUUGGCACUGAAUUACAUAUCACUUGUAGACAACGCUGUGGACAUUAUCGCCAAAAUGCCGCAUAGAAUAUAUUAUGGUUCGUAUAAACCUGACACGCUUUGUACCGACUAUCAUUCAAAUACACAAGAAAUAAACGGAAAAAAAAUCACUUACCGUAAAAUAAUUGGUGAAUGUAAAACAGUAUUCCAGACCCUUCCUGCUGAGCUUAGAUGUACAAUAUUAAGCAAAAGACUGGCACUGGAUAAAGACAAUGUCGUCAAGUAACCACCUGAAAUAAGUGAUCCGGCAAGAAAAAAACUUUAUAUGAGACAGUGCUAGAUUUUAUUUAUAGGUGUUAUUUUGCUACACAGAAGAUAGCAUUCAUUUCGAUCAAAUAUGAAAUCUAUGUCGUUUACAUGUUUGUAACACAAAAUGAUGUAAUAAAAUUGAUACAUUAUUUUUGAAAAUAAAUAUUUGUAUGAAUUUCUUACAUUAUUAUCAUUCUGAUUGUAGUACGUUUUAAAUGAUUUAUUUGUAAAUUGUUUUCAGUCACUGUUACAUUAUGGACUACGUUGGAACACAGGCUGAUCACAACUACCAUACAAAACAAAGCACAACUCAGUACGUUGAUUUGCCGAAUACUGUAACAUUUUAAUAACAGAAACUUUCGUCUGCAGUUUUAACAUGCGGUGUUAUUGGUUCAUUGACAGGAAUGUAAACACACUGGUUAGUCAGAUGCGGAUCUUGUAGCAAUUAAACAAAAUCGUGGAUUUAUCUCCAAAUAAAUCAAUUAAAAAUAACUCUUUAUUUACCAUUAAUGUCAAGUAGCUUUUAUAUCUUUGACUCGCAUGAAUAAGUAAAUUUCCUCAUACUAGUCUAAAAUUCAGGUAACAGACUUCCAUUAUAUUAAUCAAUAAUGUUUCACCAAAUCAGCAUGCCAUGCAAAUAAAUACAUGAUUUUUAUUUUAUAUAUUUAUAUAUUAUGCACCAUUAUUUUUGUUAUCGCUUAUAACAAAGAAAUCUUGAAAUGGGUAUU